AUGCGGGCUCACAUUCUUUCACGUCGGGCCCGGUCGCUGGUAAAGACUCAGCCUAUCCGCCAUCGGGCACUGCUCUCAUCCACUCACGCCCUCCGUUAUCCUCGCAAAGACCAUUCAGGUUCAUCGCAGGCAACACCUCGGAUAUCAAGACGUUCAUCGUCUUCCAUAACCCCACCUCCUACGGAACCUGACGAAGCUGUAUCCCCCUCAGCAUCUCCCUCAGCUUCGGAACCUCCGCCUGAAGAUGCAAAUGACAAGCCGAAGCGCAGAACAAGAGUGUCAACGGCAUCCAAAGACACUGACGCGUCUCCUUCACUUCCCACUGGGUUAGAUAUUCUAUGGAUACCUGAAGAUGAUCCGGACUCGCCUCACAGCCAUGCACUACCUCCCCCAGAAAUAUUCGAAGAGAUUUUGCAUAAUUUGCAUAUCACUCUACAUCCUCAGACACAACAUAAAGCUGCUUAUGCUUCGGCUUCAGGAUCUCUAAUAGAACCCACUUUUGCUAUGUACUGUCCAAUAGAAGGUGGAGACAUAUAUGUGGAUGAGACUGUCCGCGAGCUUGCGCGUCAGACGGGCGCAGAAGUCGUUGUCUUGGAUGCUGCACAGCUCGCCGCCGGUGCUUGCGGACAAUUUGGCAAGGCUGCUUCUGUGCUCCAGCUUCCGAACAACCCGCUGCAUGUAUCUGCGAACACCUCUUUGUCAAGCCGAAAUAAUGCUCGACUUCCUUCAUACGAUGAGGAUGACUGGGAUGAUUCUCCUGUCAUAAUGCCGUCCCGCAUGACUCUGCAGGUAUUCUCACCGGUGCCCACCCGGCACGCUCGGACAGUCUUGGCUUCGCCUCCAAGAGCCGGCUCGAUGUCAAAACUCAAAGCAUUCUUUGACGAGAUUAUUAACAUCACUGCGGAAUCGAGUGUGCCGGAAUCUUCGCCGGUACCCUCGUCACGGCGAAAACCAAGGAUUGUCUAUGUCCGUGACUUUGGGACUCUCGCGCCAUCAUCUGCAACAUGGUAUCCUGCCCUUCUAGCUGCUGUUCGUCAGCGGCGUCAAGGUGCAAUCUCACGGCCUACGUCCCCAGUCGUGAACCCGACGACCAUCAUAUUUGGAAUCACACCUUCUGUUAUCACGCCUGGUUCUACGCCGAGCUCCGACCCGAAUCACCAAGGAUUUGUGAAUCUGGCAAUCCCUCGGUCUGCUUCUGCUCCUGUCAAUAUUCCAAGCAAGCUGCCCAAAUCAGAGUACAGCGAAGAUCCAUCUAGUGAUAAGGCUCGAGAGAAACGUCUUAUGAGUCGAUUGAAACAAUGGUCGCAAGGCGACGCUGCAUCUCAUGAUAUACCACAGCUCGCCAAUACUGAUGAUUAUGAUGACGCUAGCAGUAGCAAAGGUGCACCUGAGAUUGUCCUGGUUGGUGGGUCUGAGGGUAUCGGAGGUCUGCCCUCAAUGCUUAGUUCGGCACUGUCUACCGCAGCAUCCUCCCGAGGUCGUAGUGGACCGUCCGGCUCCGGUAACAACAGACAGUUCUUCCGCACUUCACUCGUGAUUCCCAAUGUACGGACUCCGUCUCUUGAAAGAUCCACCAGGAUGGCUAGAAGGCGGGAGAUUAACGAGCUGAUCAUGCGGAUGGCAGUUGCCGCAGUCGGUGGCGAGCUGGGCAAAAUGGAACCCAUUACGACCAGUGAUAUAUCAGAGAUAGAGACUGAGCAGACAGAUCUUGUCAAGAAGGAGAAACGUUUAUGGGAAGACUGGGGCAAGGCCGUGGAGCCUUGGUCGACUGUCCGACGUAUUGCGGAUCGAGCUGUUGGCAAGACUAUGGCUUCCACUCAAACUCAAAGUCUCUUGAACCGAUCGCUCGACGCUACUCCGAUAGUAUGGUCUUCCAUUUACGAAGCUUGGUCCACAGAUAGGACGGCUCAAGACUUGUGGAAGUCGAUGCUCUUGGAAUCCUCGUCUAAACCUCAUCGCGAACAUGUUGUGGGCGAGGAGGGGAAAAACAGCGAGGAAGAAGAUGAACCGAGUAUCGAUGAAUUGAUCGAACGUAUUAAGCGCGAUCCUGAGCUUGACCAUCAUGAAGCGAGGUUACUAGGAAGCAUUGUUGAUACUAAAUCGCUGUCAACAACGUUCGGCCAAGUGCAUUUACCAGAGCACACUAUUGAUUCCGUGCGGACAAUUGUGUCUCUGCCCCUUUUACAUCCGGGGGCAUUUGACCAUGGCCUCUUGAAGGAACAUGCUAUGACUGGCUGCCUCCUGUUCGGCCCUCCUGGAACAGGUAAGACUUUAGUUGUAAGGGCAAUCGCCAAAGAGGCCGGGUGUAGAAUGCUGGCUAUCAUGCCUUCAGACGUUAUGGACAUGUACGUUGGUGAAGGAGAAAAGCUCGUGAGGGCUGUCUUCUCACUUGCUCGCCGACUGUCACCCUGUGUUGUUUUUAUUGAUGAGCUUGACGCUCUCUUUGGUGCUCGUAUGUCCCGUGAGACGGGCGGUGCCAUCGCGCAUCGGGGUGUUAUUACCGAGUUUAUGCAAGAAAUGGACGGUUUAAAGUCCUCUAAGAACAAUGUCAUCGUAAUUGGCGCGACUAAUCGGCCUUUUGAUCUUGACGACGCUGUUCUUCGUCGACUCCCGCGUAGACUUCUGGUAGAUUUACCGGGUGAAAGGGAACGUGAAGAAAUACUGAAAAUUCUUCUCCGUGAUGAGACCCUUUCUUCUGAUAUCGAUCUCAAAGUCCUCGCAAAGAGGGCAGAGAGCUUUUCAGGAUCGGAUCUCAAGCAUCUAUGCGUGGCCGCCGUGUUGGAUGCUGUAAAGGAACGCGUUGAAGUACCAUGGCGUUCAAUGCCCCUUACUGUACUGCCUGAUCAAAAUUCGCCUACUGCCUCUGUUCCGGACGAUAAAUCUGUGGAGGACUCUAGCUCUGAAAAUGUUGCUGCAGCUGGGGAUUCUCAGGUCCUUACAAUUAAACCAGAACCCACGACACCUUCCUAUUCACGAACAGUCGCUUGGCGUAAUUUCGAAAAGGCUCUGAAGGAGAUCACACCCUCCGCUUCGGAGUCGCUUGGCAGUCUUGCGGAUUUGCGGAAGUGGAAUGAGGAGUUUGGUGAAGGCCGAAAGCAACGGAGACAACUCAUGUGGGGAAAAGGUAGAUUUGGGUUCACAAUACAGCCUCCAGACAAUCAGGAUGCGGGCAGAGUGGCAGCACCAACGACAUCUUAUGAUAGUUCUAUCGAUACAGUAGAUUAA